GAGCUGAAGAAGAUGCAGAAGGAUCUGAAUCCAGAUUACCCAGAAUACUUAGAGAGUCAGAGUGAGGAUGAGGAGGUGUUGGACGGUGAGGAGGAAGAGCAGAGGAGGAGCAGCAGAGAGGCAUUUCUGAAGAUCACAGUGCACUUCCUGAGGAGAAUGAAGCAGGAGGAGCUGGCUGAGCGUCUGCAGAGCAGAACUCCUGCUGCAAAGUGUCAAUAUAAACUCAAGUCUAACCUGCAGAAGAAGUUCCAGUGUCUGUUUGAGGGGAUCGCUAAAGCAGGAAACCCAACCCUUCUGAACCAGAUCUACACACCGCUCUACAUCACAGAGGGAGGGACUGCAGAGGUCAAUGAUGAACAUGAGGUCAGACAGAUUGAAACAGCAUCCAGGAAACCAGACAGACCAGAAACAACAAUCAGACAAGAAGACAUCUUUAAAGCCUCACCUGGAAGAGAUGAACCAAUCAGAACAGUGAUGACAAAGGGAGUGGCUGGCAUUGGGAAAACAGUCUUAACACAGAAGUUCACUCUGGACUGGGCUGAAGACAAAGCCAACCAGGACAUAGACUUCACAUUUCCAUUCACUUUCAGACAGCUGAAUGUGCUGAAAGAGAAAAAGUACAGCUUGGUGGAACUUGUUCAUCACUUCUUUACUGAAACCAAAGAAGCAGGAAUCUGCAGGUUUGAAGAGUUCCAGGUUGUGUUCAUCUUUGACGGUCUGGAUGAGUGUCGACCUCCUCUGGACUUCCACAACACUGAGAUCUUGACUGAUGUUACGGAGUCCACCUCAGUGGAUGUGCUGCUGACAAACCUCAUCAGGGGGAAACUGCUUCCCUCUGCUCGCCUCUGGAUAACCACACGACCUGCAGCAGCCAAUCAGAUCCCUCCUGAGUGUGUCGGCAUGGUGACAGAGGUCAGAGGGUUCACUGACCCACAGAAGGAGGAGUACUUCAGGAAGAGAUUCAGAGAUGAGAAGCAGGCCAGCACCAUCAUCUCCCACAUCAAGACAUCACGAAGCCUCCACAUCAUGUGCCACAUCCCAGUCUUCUGCUGGAUCACUGCUACAGUUCUGGAGGAUGUGUUGAAAAGAAAAAGGAGAAGAGAGCUGCCCAAGACCCUGACUGAGAUGUACAUCCACUUCCUGGUGGUUCAGUCCAAAAUGAAGAAGGUCAAGUAUGAUGGAGGAGCUGAGACAGAUCCACACUGGAGUAAGAACAGCAGGAAGAUGAUUGAGUCUCUGGGAAAACUGGCUUUUGAGCAGCUGCAGAAUGGCAACCUGAUCUUCUAUGAAUCAGACCUGACAGAGUGUGGCAUCGAUAUCAGAGCAGCCUCAGUGUACUCAGGAGUGUUCACACAGGUCUUUAAAGAGGAGAGAGGGCUGUACCAGGACAAGGUGUUCUGCUUCAUCCAUCUGAGUGUUCAGGAGUUUCUGGCUGCUCUUCAUGUCCAUCUGACAUUCAUCAAGUCUGGACUCAAUCUGCUGGCAGGAAAACAAACAACAUCCCAGAUACGUUUCUACCAGAGUGCUGUGGACGAGGCUUUAAAGAGUCCAAAUGGACACCUGGACUUGUUCCUCCGCUUCCUCCUGGGUCUUUCACUGCAGACCAAUCAAAUGCUCCUACGAGGUCUGCUGAGACAGACACGAAUUAGCUCACAGUCCAAUCGGGAAGCAGUUGAGCACAUCAAGAAGAAGAUCAGUGAGAAUGUGUCUGCAGAGAGAAACAUCAAUCUGUUCCACUGUCUGAAUGAACUGAAUGAUCGUUCUCUAGUGGAGGAGAUCCAACAGUACCUGAGAUCAGGAAGUCUCUCCACAGAUAAACUGUCUCCUACUCAGUGGUCAGCUCUGGUCUUCAUCUUACUGUCAUCAGAAAAAGAUCUGGACGUGUUUGACCUGAAGAAAUACUCUGCUUCAGAGGAGGCUCUUCUGAGGCUGCUGCCAGUGGUCAAAGCCUCCAACAAAGCUCUGCUGAGUGGCUGUAACCUCUCAGAGAGAAGCUGUGCAGCCCUGUCCUCAGUUCUCAGCUCCCAGUCCUCUAGUCUGAGAGAUCUGGACCUGAGUAACAACAAUCUGCAGGAUUCAGGAGUGAAGCAGCUUUCUGCUGGACUGGAGAGUCCAAACUGUGGACUGGAAACUCUCAGUCUGUCAGGAUGUCUGAUCACAGAGGAAGGCUGUGCUUCUCUGGCCUCAGCUCUGAGCUGCAACCCCUCCCAUCUGAGAGAGCUGGACCUGAGCUACAAUCAUCCAGGAGACUCAGGAGAGAAGUUACUGUCUGCUGGACUGAAGGAUCCACACUGGAGACUGGACACUCUCAGGGUGGACCAUGGUGGAGAGCAGUGGUUAAAACCUGGUCUGAAGAAGUAUUUCUGUGAACUCACACUGGACACAAACACAGUAAACAGAUACCUCAAACUGUCUGAUAACAACAGGAAGGUGACAUGUGUGAAGGAGGAUCAGUCAUAUCCUGAUCAUCCAGACAGAUUUGAUGUCUGGGCUCAGCUGCUGUGUAGUAAUGGUCUGACUGGUCGCUGUUACUGGGAGGUCGAGUGGAGAGGAAGAGUUAUUAUAUCAGUGAGUUACAGAAGAAUCAGCAGGAAAGGAUACAGUUAUGACUGCAGGUUUGGAUUUAACGAUCAGUCCUGGAUUCUGAUCUGCUCUGAUGAAGAUGGUUACUCUGUUUGGCACAAUAACAGAGAAACAUCCAUUCCCUCCUCCUCUUCCUCCUCCUCCUCCUCCUCCUCCUCCUCCUCCUCCUCCUCUUCCUCCUCUGUCUCUAACAGAGUAGCAGUGUAUGUGGACUGUCCUGCUGGCACUCUGUCCUUCUACAGAGUCUCCUCUGACACACUGAUCCACCUCCACACCUUCAACACCACAUUCACUGAACCUCUGUAUGCUGGGUUUGCGUUUGGGUCUGAUGGUUCCUCAGUGUCUGUGUUGAUCCGCGCGGAGCGGCAGCGCGAGACCGGAAACCGGAGCUACAUCCGAGAGUCCGUGCACGCGCAGCAGCUGACGGCAGGUGUCAGUAGUGGAGCAGCUGAAGUCUGGAGAGGUGAACUCCAUCUCAACACGACGGCUUUAAAAAGCUUCAUCCAAAACUCGUCCAAACCUCAGACUGACUGA